GAGGCUGUUGCGAUCGGCCGUGCAUAUCUCGGCACAAGUCGCUCAAGAACAAACGCGAUCGCACCUCGCUCGUACCGACGACGGCGGAAUGUUGUGCAAGAUUUGAAUGAAAGCCGCCGUGUUUGCCCGUCGCGAGACUGCCUGUCCCGACCGCGUCCAGGCGCCCCUGAUCGCCGGAACGUCGUGAGAAGGAGAAAAAAAUUCGCCACCGCCUAGUAGCCCAAAGGAGCACACCUGAGUGUCAAGAUGGCUUCUCGAGAAUGAACAACAGUUAAAAAGCGCAAGAAAAAACAGACGGCGAGAAAGAGAGAGAGAGAAGCUAGCGAGAACUGGUCCUGCAGCUGUGCGCAGCCAGCGAGCCAGGGAGGAGAAACGCGCCUGCUUCUUUCUUUCUUUUUUAUUUCCACUCACAAACCACUUAUAUGCUGCUGUUGAGAAUGGACGAGGCGUUCAGCGGCGGCGGCGCUGGCUCGUCGUCUGAUCUCUCCUCCUCCUCUCCGUACGCCUACCGGGCAGACAGCUUGGCGGCGGUGGCGGCCAAGCACCACAUGGACGACGACGAGGACUGCUUCAGCUCAACGGUGGCCACGCCGCGGCUCUCUGUCGACCAGGACAUAGACUGCAUCAUUGAUGUCGAGGGCACCGACGAUGAAGACGAGCGACCCACCUCGGCGGCCCCGACACCCUCCGGAGGCCGCAGGGUCUACCCCACGCCCUUCAAGCUGCACGUCCUUGACUGCUACCGUCGCGAUGCCGAGUGCAGGGGCAACCAGAGGGCCACAGCCCGCAAGUUCGGAAUCCACCGCCGCCAGAUCCAAAAGUGGCUGCAGGGCGAAAAGCUCCUUCGCGCCUCCCUGAACAACAACGUCGAACCUGACGAGGAGGAGGAGGAAGACUUUGAAGACGAACAGCCCAUCGCCCUUGACCUUUGCAUCAAACCGGCCGUGGAGGAGCGUCUGCACUAUUUGCAGACGGAGGAGGAGGAGCCCCAACCAGCAGAGUCACCCUCCGCUCCCUCUGGGGGCAAACGAAGGUCGUUCACCCUGCAGUUCAAACUGGACGUGCUGGACGCGUUCUACAGCAACGCGGCGUGCAAGGGCAACCAGAGGGCAACGGCUCGCCUCUUCGGCAUCAACCGCCGCCAGGUGCAGAAGUGGCUGUGCCAGGAGAGCCAACUGCGAGGUGAGGCCGCCCUCGGCUCUGCCGACGGCGAGUCCUCGGCCAAGAGACAACGGCUGGGCCGCUGGCUGUGGAACGUCCCGCAGUGGCCGCCGUUGGACCCUCCGCAGGACACGGCCCUGUGUCUGGUCAAGAAGCCCGAACCGCCCCCACCUGCGCCUUCGCUGAUCGACUCGCCGCUCGACUCGCCCGGCGGCCGCGCCAAGAGACAUUCCUACCCGCUCGACUUCAAGCUGCAGGCGCUGGACGCGUACCACCACGACGCCGAGUGCAGCGGCAACCAGCGCGCCGUGGCCAAGCGCUUUGCCAUCCACCGCCGGCAGGUGCAGAAGUGGCUCAAGCAGGAGCAGCAGCUCCGCGAGAGGGUCGUCGACAAACGAGCCGAGGCGUCGCCGCCCCCACCGCCCCUGAUGGCGCCCCUCGUCCCGGCGCCCCCCACCCUCAAGAGGCCGUUCGCCUUCAAGCCGUUGGUGCCCGUGCAGGUGCUGGGUCCGUCCGCCUGGCACGCGGCCGUCACCUCGGUCGAGUCGCGGCCCAUCUGCUGGUGACGCCCCGGAGGCCACCCCCUGUGCCAUACCCGCCGCCGCGACUUGCUCAAACGCAGCUUUGGACUUCCUCCGAAUUCUUCGCCAAGUGUUUAGUUCGUAUUGACCUUUAAUUUGUUUAUUUAAGUGGUAGAGGCUCUGAUGAUCGCAAGUGCGUAACCAAAUCGUCGUGUUCUCUGAUUUAUCCAUAUAAUACAUGAUUAAAUAUUUCCACCCAAGUAGUAUCGCGUACUGACCACCUUUUAUACAGCAGAUUUUUUUUUACUCUAGCUCUUAAUUAAGUAUGCGUACGAUUAAGUUGUACAUUUUAACCAAAAAACAUGAUGCUCACUUUGUAAUUUUACGAGAGGCUAUUUUGUAUAUUUUUAAGGAGCUUUUCCUGUACGUGCCACAUUUCCAAAUGACAUUUGAAUAUAAAUAUAUAACUGAUACAUUAAUUGCAACUUGUGCCUUUCCAGACGUCUUUCUGGAAUAAUAUCUCGAAUUGCCUUGUCGAAUUGCCUGAAAAUAUAAAUGUCAGUCAGAGAUUUAGAAAUUAUAUUACAAUGAAAUUGCCUUUUAAAUUAAGAGAGUAGAAAAAUGUGACGAAAAACGAUAUUUGCUUCAAAGGCAUAUCACAAGUUCAAAAGAUGGCGCUUUGUUAUACAUAUACGUAGCAUGUAAAUACAAUAAUUCACACGACUUGUGAGGUAAUUUUCAUGACUCACUCUAUUCAAACACGGCGGUUGAGUAUAUGUUGAGAAAAUACAAAGGCAGCUAAACGCAACUGUAAAGCCCAUAUUGAUGAGAGAGAAAUAAGUAAUUUUUAUAAAAUCUAAUAAUUUUUCAAUAAUCAAAUAAUAUCCAAUCUCCUUGCAAUACUUACAUAUGAUAUUGACAGCUAUAUACAAUUUUUUUCUUGCGUGAAAAGCUGGCUUUUUCAGAACUGAAAAAACAUGCAUAACGAAUCAAUGCUGCUGGUCACGUUUCAAAAUUUAAACCGCUCACAGUUCCGACUCAUGUAAAUCAUCACAGGAGGGUCUUGUGGGAUUUUGCACAUAAUUUUCCUCGUCCGCGUUGAUGAUUCAUCCAAAAGCACGCGCUUGUAAUUUGUAAAAGAAGGAUCGUCUCAAAACAAAUUGUACCUUUCCUAGAUUUUAAAACGCCCUCUCUGCGCGCAUUCCGGCUUUGAUGCGCGUUCUUGAUAGAAAUAAAUUAAAUAUAGAAUUUUAUUUAUUGAAAAAUUUGUCCUCGGCAAUACUAAGGUCCACAAUUUCCUGAAUGCAAAAUUUUAAGAAGUUUGAUAUAUAUAGUGAGAGGCUGUUGAUAUUGUAGAUUGUAUAUUUUUAUAUUAAAACAGAAGAAAAAAACGACGAAGACGUGUGUUAUAACGCUGCUCUAUUUAUUAAAACAAUAUACUCUCUGCGAAAGAAGAAAAUAAACAAGUUCAUUUUUCAAAAUAAACACAAAUUUAGAGUUUUUACUUUGC